AAACGUUUGACUGGCAAAUUACUAACGGCUCUCUCGUAGACGUUCCUACUCGAUGGCUGUAAACUCCUCUCUCAUAGAAGUUUGUACUUGAUAACCGCAUUAAGCUUAUCAAGUAAAUAAAUAAAUGCCUGCACCCGGUAUGAAUACUCUGUAGAUCAUAUCUGUAUAUGCCUGAUGAUACUGGUAUACUGGUAAAGAGCAAGAAAGCAAUGGAACCUACAUGUAUUCAGCUAGUAUCGAAAGAGAGUGGAAUAAGUGCAGAGUCCAUGGAUGGAAUGAUGGAGAGGGAAGAAAGUUUGUUAGUAAAUGAGGAAACCAGCCAGUCGUCUGAGGUGCCAGAUGGUCAUGACAGUGAACAUGACCACCUUGUUGAGGAAGGACUGGGGAGUGACGGUGCAACUCAGCCUGCACCCAGUGCCAGUGUUCUUCUAAAUGACAACCACAGCACACCCAAGAUCCAGAAUCAGUUCCACAUUCAGACUAACCUUAUACCCAAGGCGUCAGUGGAGGAACAGAAUUCAGAGUUGGUAGGGCUGGGGUUGGAAGUCUACAAUCAGGAUGAUUUAGAACAGGGUAUAAUGGCCCAGGUAGAUCAAGCAAUGGCUAAGGAAGAAGAAGAGAGGCUUAAGAAGUUGAUUGAGAGACAGUUAACCAGUGUACAGGAGGAUCUAAGAGCCACUUGUGAGGAGUUAGGGAGGAUUGGCAGAGUAAUUCGGACUGUAACCAGCUCAAAACAGGCAGAGACCAACAAAGAGGCAAAAAAACACUUGGAGGCUGCUAAAAGGCAGAGAGAAAACAAGCUAAGCCAGAUGAAAAAACUUAAAGCAAAGAAGAGAGCUCUUUUGUCUAAGUUGGAUGGCAAAGAAAUGGAUGCUAGUCUUAUGGAUAAUGAUGAAGAUCUUCAGUUCUUUGACCAAGCCCUUACUAAGGGAGGCAAUGUGGAAACAGAAGAAGAACGCAUGAUCAAGUUAGGUGAGAUGACACCUUUUGGAACUGUAAUGAAAACAACUGAUGCCAAGAAGCAGAGUGCUGCUGUAGUAAAGGUAGCAGUGAAGAAUAAAGCCCCGGUUGUGUCUGACUUUGAGGUGUUCCUACAGAAGAAAGAUGACACAUACUCGAGUAAAAAAGGAAAGGCGUUGAAACACAAACCUCUGGGUUGUUCCAAAUCAAGUCAUCGUAAACCCCACGAUUCAGGUGCCAAAGUGACUUAUGGUCAGCCCAUGGCCAGUACUUCAAAAUCUAACAAAUCCAACUGGUUUGAUGAGCACGAUAAAAAAGUGUACAGGACUGACAGGGACUUCUCAAGUGCUGGUAUUAAGAGGAAGUUACCAAAACUGAAGCAUAACUUUAGUGGUGACCCUGAGUUAAGUGAUCCUCCCAGUGAUGGUGAGGAGGAUUGGGAAGAUCAGGAGGAUGACAGUGAAGAAGAAUAUCGUCCAGACAGGGACUGGGGGGAGGAGGAUAGUGACUAUGAAGGUCAGCCCUCUCCUAGGAAGAAGAUAAAGGCAGGUCUAAAGAGAAAGAAACCAUUAGGCCAGAGCUGUUCAGAUGAAGACAGUGGACUAGGUGUUAUAAAGGGAAAAUGCAAGACGGAGAAGGACAACUACCUGUCAAGGACAAGGGAUGAUGGGAACUAUAACUAUUACCAGAAGAGAUUAAAGACGUACAAAAAGACAGAGGCUGCUCGGAAAAGGAAACAACAAGAGGAAGGUUUGUCAGAUUCUGAUGAUGAAGAGACAGAGUUUGAGGGAGGCCUGAAAGUCCCUGGGAAGCUCUGGAGCAAACUGUUUGGCUAUCAGAGAACAGGUGUCAAGUGGCUCUGGGAGCUACACUGCCAGCAGGCUGGGGGCAUUGUAGGUGAUGAGAUGGGACUAGGCAAAACCAUACAAACUAUCAGCUUCCUAGCAUCAAUCAAAACUAGCAAGAUUAAACAGAGGCCAUUUAGAUAUGUGGGACUGGGGCCUUGUAUCAUUGUGUGUCCAGCUACCGUCCUUCACCAGUGGGUUCGGGAAUUCCACAAGUGGUGGCCGGAAUUUAGGGUGGCAAUCCUCCACUCUUCAGGCUCUUUCACUGGCACAGAGGACGCUCUUAUCCAUAACAUCGUGAAUCAGCAUGGCAUUUUGAUAACGUCUUACACCAGCCUGGUUCACAAGCAGGAUGCGUUAAUCCAGCAUGACUGGCACUACAUCAUCCUGGAUGAGGGUCACAAGAUCAGAAAUCCCGAUGCUCAGGUCACUCUGGCCUGUAAACAAUUCCGCACUCCCCACCGCAUCAUCCUGUCUGGGUCACCCAUACAGAACAACCUGAAGGAGUUGUGGUCGCUCUUUGACUUUGUCUUCCCAGGUAAAUUGGGCACAUUACCCGACUUUAUGACCCACUUCUCAGUGCCCAUUGUCCAGGGAGGAUAUGCAAAUGCUUCACAAGUCCAGGUUCAGACAGCAUACAAGUGUGCCUGCAUCCUAAGGGAUACAAUUGCUCCAUACUUGUUGCGCAGAAUGAAGGCAGACGUAAAAUCAUCUGUGCAGCUGCCAGGCAAAAGUGAACAGGUUCUGUUUUGCCGGCUGACUGAUGAGCAGAGAGACAUUUAUCAGGAAUAUUUAGAUUCCAAGGAGUGCAGUGCAAUUCUGGCUGGUCGAUAUAAGGUGUUUGCAGGUUUGAUUACACUGAGGAAGAUCUGUAACCACCCAGACAUCUCCACAGGAGGCCCUCGGGUUCUCGUCGGCCAGUCCACAGAGGGGGAUGAAAGUCUGGAGUAUGGCUACUGGCGACGCUCCGGAAAGCUAAUUGUGGUGGAGUCACUGUUAAAAUUGUGGCAUAAACAGAGCCAGAAGGUGUUGCUCUUCACUCAGAGUAAACAGAUGUUGGAUAUCUUGGAAAGUUUUGUUAAGGACGUUGGUUACAGUUACUUAAGAAUGGAUGGGGGAACAAGUAUAUCAGCCCGCCAACCACUCAUUAAUAAAUAUAAUAGUAACCCUGACAUCUUUGUGUUUCUACUGACGACCCGUGUUGGAGGGCUGGGUGUAAAUCUAACUGGGGCAAAUCGUGUUGUUAUUUUUGACCCUGAUUGGAACCCCAGUACAGAUAUGCAGGCUCGUGAGAGGGCUUGGAGAAUUGGUCAGAGCAGACAAGUCACCAUCUACAGGUUACUCACCACAGGUACAAUAGAGGAGAAAAUAUACCACAGACAAAUAUUUAAACAGUUCCUGACAAACAGAGUAUUGAAAGAUCCGAAGCAAAGACGCUUUUUCAAAACCAAUGACUUGUAUGAACUGUUUACCCUGGGAACAAAUGACAACAAGGAGGGCACAGAAACCAGUGCUAUAUUCGCUGGGACUGGGUCAGAGAUCACAGUGAGCCAAAAGGUAAAUCGUUUUGAUGCAAUGAAGAAUGAAGCUCUACCUGUCAAAAGAAAGGAGACCAAGAACAAAGUAAAUGAUGCAGACACAGAAACUUCCAAUGACAAGACAGAUAAACUGCGAGCUCUAGCAAGAAAAUUGAGCCUAAAGAUUGGGCAAGGAAGUCUGGGCUCUCAUUCACCCUCCAAUGGGGUGACGAAGGACAAUGCUGAGCUGACAUCAUCAGACAGCUGCAGUCAGAGGAGAAAGAAAAAGAAGAAAUCAAAGAGGAACAAAGAUGCAGAGUUUGAGGGUGAAAGGAUUUCUCACCUGUCUAAACUUAGUGAAUAUCAGCCCAAUAAGAAAGCUGAGGACACAACAGAAAAUAUCUCCUCACAUCAAGAUGAUUAUGUGCUGAAAAAACUCUUCAAGAAAACGGGUAUUCAAGGUGCCUUAAAGCACGAUGUGAUUGAGGAGGCUAGUAAGAUGGACUAUGCCUUAGUGGAGGGGGAAGCGGAAAAAGUUGCUCGGGAAGCCGCAGCUGCUUUAAAGAAGUCCCGCCGACAUUGUAUGAAUGCACUCAGUGGAGUUCCUAAUUGGACUGGCCAGCAAGGAGGUGGGAUGACCAACUCACGACCAAGAUUUGGCCGGAAGAAAAACAGCUUGAUUGCUGAGCCUAGCCCAAAACCCUCAUCUUCAGAAUUUCAGAAUGGGCAUAAGGACAAGUCAGAAGCUUCCAAGGCCUUUGAUGGAACUUUUGCUGGGAAUAAGAAGAGCACGGGUUUGUUCAGUUCUUCCAAACAGAAUGUGAUGUCGUCAGGGGAGCUGCUGUCACGUAUGAGGGCGCGGAAUGUCAGUAGCUGUCAAGAUGAUGGGGAGGAGGACAGAACAGCCCCACCCAGUGAUGCUGCAGAUGAUAAACACAUGGAACUCAUCACAGAUAUCAGAAACUUUAUAGCAUUUCAGUGUCACAUAGAUGGGCAGGCUUCCACUCAGGAACUGCUGGAUGAAUUCGGUGUGAAACUCCCACCUGGUGAUUCAGCCAAGUUCAAGGCCAUGCUUAGACAGAUCUGUGACUUUGAUCGCUCAAGUGAUGUUGGAAUUUGGCGCCUCAAAGCAGCAUAUAGAUAAUACUGUGUAAUACAGAUUUAGCUUUUGAAGUAUCUAGUGAACGUCAAGUAAGUUAUUACUGGCGGCUUAGUGUUGCGUUGUGGAGAGUAUCAACAUGAGUAAGACACUGCGGGUCAGUGUAUAAUGAGUGGCACCCAUCUCAUUUUCUGAAUAUACACAAGCUCUUCAGAUUUGUUAGUGAAUCUCAGAGUGACUUUGGGGUCAGUGCAUACAUUCCAGCAAUCCAGCUUUCACUGCCAAAUCUUAAAGUUCAUUGACAGGUAUCACAGAGGGUUCAUUUGCAUGUCUGCAGUAUGGCACAACUGAUCGAAUAAAGAAAAUUUUCCAAACAAUUUGUAUGUCAUGUACACUUUUUCUGCCUUAGAAAUAGACAUGUUAGUACCUGAUGAAUGGAAAACGUGUCUAAAAAGUUUGUGUGUUAUAUUGACAUAACCCUGUGACAAAGAAUUUGACAACCCUUGCACAGUUUGUUUCCCCAUGUAAAGAAGCAACCCUUACACAGUUUGAUUUGUCGCAUCAGAUAGGUGUAGAUAAUGCAUUGCAGUGCUCUGCCACUGUCUGACCCUUUACUCCCAAUGUCUUGUAUUUAAAUCUAGCUCUGCUUGAGGUUUGUCAGGU